CGGAGGAGGUUUGAAAAGGCGAUCUUCUUCUCCGAUUGAUCGAGCAGAUGGGGUCUGUCCUCUCUGGCGACUCGACGAUCUCUCUCUCUCUCUCUCUCUCUCUCUCCUUCACCUCCGGAAAAUGAGAGAUGACGGCGGUGACCCUGGUUGGUGCAACCCUCCUUCCGCUCCGGCGCCCUGUCCGAUGGGACACAGCGGCAGCACCAGCGUCUGGGAUGAUCUCCCUCUACCUCCCUCAGUUUGGCGACAGGGGAGGUCACAAUCAAGCAAUCUCCUUCCCCGAUCAAUCAAGCAGCAGCACGGAUUCUGGCAGAAUUGACCCAACGACUUUCGGUAACCCCCUCGCUCUUCUAUGAAGAUUGGGGCUGUGCAAAUUGGCUACACCAGGUUAGGGCUGCGAUGCUGGGGUUCGGGCAACAUUGGGCAGAUUCGGGUAGGCAUGAUUGGUCCGGACAAUAGUAGAUGGAAGGACGACCUCCGGGGGGAUGGCGUCAGACUCAAGGGCAGCAGCGGCGAUGGCUUCCGGCAAUAAAGAUUCCACUGCCAACCUCACCCAAUCUCAGGCGGACAACAACAAUAGCUAUGCCAGUAACCACGUUGACGGAUAUAAGCAUUGUGGACAGCAGUGGGUAGACCGACGGUUUCCAUAUGAGAUCCCAGAGGUGGUGUCUGGGUAAUGGUGAUUAGCUUUGGGCAGCAUCUGAACAGCGGCAGUUGACUUCGUCGACGUCGAAAACGCCACACUCUUUAAGGAAAAUUGGAUCAAUCGAGGAGAAACAAGAUAUCAAAGUGCAUUUUUUGAUACAGCACAAGGGAGAGCCACACCCUAAAAGCUAGCUGUUAAGGUGGGAGAACCCUUGGCUAUAUGAACCCAUCACCAAGUUCCCCAUUUAACCGGUGUGGGACAAUGAAAUCAGUCCGUAUCAUUUUUCCGCCGAGGAGAUUAUUUGUUUCUUGCUGUAAAUGAACUACAAGUGUCAGUUUGAUACCUUGCUGAUGUUAUUGAGUGAUAGUUCCUUCAUUGAAUUUCCAAAAGUUUCCAGAUAUGCAGCAAUAGCUUCAUCACUGUCAAAGAAGAAUGAAAAGGAAUUCAUUAA